UAAAGUGUGGAACAGGCCAUAAUUGGUGUCUGGCGCGGACGCGCGGUGGCGCCGUCGCCGCCUCAAUGCAGUUCGGAACGCCGCUUCCUCCGGCCGCUCGGCGCGCACCCACCUUCCACGCAGACCCCGCCGCCGACGCGAGGCAGCUCCUCGGCGCGCUCCUGCCGCCACGCCCUGCGCUCUACCACGUUUUGCAGGCCCACGCCCGCCUCGCCGUUCUCGGCCUCGCUACCGCGCGUGCCCUCCCGCAACUCCUCGCCGCCCUUCCGCGCCUGACGCUCGCCGCCGCCGACGUUUCCCACUCCUACCCGCUCCUCCUGUUCCGUUGCUCCAACUGUACCUCGGCCUUCGCGUCGAACCACCUCCUCCGCGUGCUCCCGCACCCGCUCCCGCUCCGCCUCUUCCCGCGCCUCCCACGCCGCAACCCCCACUCCUUCACUUUCCUCCUCGCUUCCCUCUCCAAUCACCUAGACACUGAGCCUGCCGCUGCAGGCUCCAUCGCCUCCCGCUUCAUGGGCACCCACGUGCACGCGCUGGCCGUGAAGGCUGGCGCCGCGGGCGACCUGUACGUGCGUAACGCGCAGAUCCACUUUUACGGCGUCUGCGGAGACGUGGCGGCGAUGCGGAAGGUGUUCGACGAGCUGCCGAUCGUGCGGGACGUGGUGACGUGGAAUGCCGUCCUCGCUGGCUACGUGCGAGCGGGCAUGGUGGGGGUUGCGCGGGAGGUGUUCGACGGAAUGCCAGUGAGGGAUGAGGUUUCUUGGAGUACGGUGAUAGGAGGCUAUGUGAAAGAAGGAGAGCCGGAGGUCGCGCUGGGAGUGUUUAAGAAUAUGGUGGCGCAGGGGGUGAAGGCAAAUGAAGCGGCAAUAGUGACGGCACUGUCGGCCGCUGCACAGCUGGGUUUGCUUGAGCAGGGGAAAUUUGUGCAUGAAGUGGUCAAGAGAGUAGGAAUGACGAUGAGUGUGAACUUAGGUGCUGCACUGAUUGAUAUGUAUUCCAAGUGUGGAAGUGUGGCAGCGGCCAAGGAAGUUUUUGAUGCCAUGCCUAGGAGGGAUGUUUUUGCUUGGAACUCCAUGAUCUGCGGGCUUGCCACCCAUGGAUUGGGGCAUGACGCAGUCCAGCUCUUUGAGAAGUUUGUCAGUGAGGGGUUUUGCCCGACAAGCAUCACAUUUGUGGGGGUGCUGAAUGCCUGCAGCCGUACUGGCCUUGUUGAUGAAGGACGGCGGUAUUUCAAGCUGAUGGCAGAGAAAUAUGACAUUGAGUCAGAGAUGGAGCAUUACGGAUGCAUGGUUGAUCUUCUGAGUCGUGCUGGUCUUGUUCAGGAGGCUGUUGAAUUGAUUGAAGGGAUGCGCAUCCCACCUGACCCAGUUCUCUGGGGCACAAUACUGUCAGCUUGCAAGAGACAUGGCCUUGUGGACUUGGGCAUUACUGUUGGUAAUAAGCUAAUUGAACUGGAUCCAGCUCAUGAUGGAUACUAUGUUCUCCUUGCAAGUAUAUAUGCAAAAGCAAAGAAAUGGGACGAAGUCAGGAAAGUUAGGAAAUUAAUGUCUAACCGUGGCACCAGCAAGUCAGCUGGUUGGAGCUUGAUGGAGGCACAUGGAAUUGUGCACAAGUUUCUAGUAGGGGACAUGAAUCACAAAGAUUCUGCGCGGAUAUAUAACAUGCUUUGCACGAUUAACAGAAGGUUGGCUGAGGCGGGCUAUGUACCAGACGUGUCAUCAGUCUUGCAUGACAUCGGGGAUGAAGAGAAGGUUCAUGCGAUUAAGGUGCAUAGCGAACGGCUUGCAAUUGCUUACGGGUUCAUUGUUGUUGAAGCUGGCAGCCCAAUCCGUAUUGUCAAGAACCUUAGUGUGUGUGGUGAUUGUCAUGAGUUCAGUAAGAUGGUGACAAAGGUUUUUGGCAGGGAAAUUGUUGUGAGGGAUGGUAGUAGGUUUCAUCAUAUGAAAGAUGGAAAGUGUUCUUGCCAUGAUUAUUGGUGAUUAAUCAUUCGAUAUGUUUCUUCUCAACUAUGAUGUGGAGUUUAGGCCAUGAUUUCAAUAUAUUUGAUUGGCAAGCUGGUAAUUGACAUGAGUUCUGUUUCUGAGAGAUUCCGAUAUACCAUUUCAGAUGCCAUGUAAGGCCUCUCCUCACGAGUUCAUAGCUCCACUUAUAAGAGGCAGCCAAUGAUCCCUACAUCUUGUUGCCUCCUAAGAAAUUUCUGGGGCAUCGGUGCAGCGGUAGAGCCUACCGUCUGUAACCGGAAGGUCUCGGGUUCGAGCCCCAGCCUCUGCAUAUUACGUGGGUAAGACUUGUCGCUUAAAGAUACCCUUCCCCAAACCCCGCACAGUGCGGAAAGCCUACAACACUGGGUGCGCCCUUUUUAUCCUCAUGAAGCAAGAGGUACCUUCAGCUCUCUCUUUUUCUCCAAAAUUUAGACAAAAUUGGUGGCAUCAACAGGUGGUAUGUAUUGGUCAAAUGUUUGUAUGAAGGUCCACUGCUCAAUUGUCAUCUUAUGGUUUUGCCUCUCUCACAAUAUGUAUUUUCAUUUGUCUCCUUCAAAGGUUAUCAGAACCCCAUUUUUAUUAUCUGUAGGGUAAGCUUGUCCUGUUAUUUGUUAGCACCAGCUGCAGUGUAGGAAAUGGAGGAAGUCAGUACGUGAACAAUGUUAGAAUCACAAGAAAAAUAUAGAUAUGCUCAAAUACGUUUAUUGGAAGAAGAUUUACUAUACUUUCCUGAAACUGUCAGUUUAAGCAACUAAGCAAGCACUAAAAUGCUGUUCAGAAUUCUGCACUGGAAGUCUUCAUUUCUUCAAUAAGAAUUUUAAACAGCUAACAAAGACUGAGAAGCUGUGCUUUUGUAAGUGAGCUGAUGAUUCAUUAAUAUCCCCCUUUUUUGGUUAUAAUUUCAGUGUGCUUUAUCUUUUCUGGGAUACUGAAGGCAAUGGUUAAAAAGUGCAUGAUGGAGUUGGAUCAUUUCUAUGGAUACAUCAAAGAACAGAUUGAAAGCAGUGCAACCUUUACAAAUACUGAAGGUCAAGUGUUUUACUAUCCACUUGCAUAAAUUAUACUCCUUCCUGGUGACGAAGGAUAAGCAAAGGAAUAUUUGCUAGGACCUGGGAAGCCACAAUUAUUUGAGAUAGGAACAGGGGGCUAUUAUGAGGUAUCAACAUGAAUUUUAUGUAAAUCAACUCUCAGUCAACCAAAUUGCAAGUUUUGUAGUUGAACUGCCUCCUAGGAGGCUAGGACUUGAUCCUCCCUGCCUCUUGUUAGUUGUCCCGUUACCUUUCCAAGGUAUCUAGAGGUUAGAGUUGAUCUGAGCUGCCAUGUUAACACCUCAAUCUUCUAAUUGAUAUAACUAACUGUUUGAAAUCCACCAGUAUCAUGUAGCAAUAGCAUCCUUGCAUAAAGCUGUUUCUUGGAGUUAACUGUACAAGUUUUGUAAGAAACUGAACCAUUAAAAGAUUAUAAAUCUUUUUUCUAUCUUCCAUUAUCUACACAGAGUUGAAUUCCUCUAUUAGCAAAAUGUACUAUUUUUCCCGAUGCUCAUUUUCAGGUAGGUUUGAGCUGAGUAUCUGGUAGUAUUCUUGAUUCAUUUACUAGAGCAUUGAGAUUAUCACAUGUAUCAUGUCUCCAGUAUGCAGAAGUUGAGGAAGAAUUCUUUGACAUAUACAAGUGUUCGUCUGUUCGACUAGCUAUGUUUAUUUGGAACAGCACAACUGGCUAGAUUAUCACUUGUAUAAAUGAUCAAUUCUGUGAAAGGUUAGGCUAGUUGGUCCGGCAGAAUGGAAACAUUAGGGCUUGAUUGACAUACUUGAGACUUAGCAAUCUGGGUUUCUUGGACUAGUUUUGUCAAUGGGCUAAGACGAGAUCGUACGGUUCACUUUUCUAUCUUUAGCAUUCCACUUCACUCCACAAGGGGACACCUAAUUCACAUUAGGCUGGUCUCUUUUUGUUUCUAGCCUGAAUGUCAGGCGAGAAGUCAAGCCCGUGUUUGGUUUCGAAUGGUUCCAUCCCAUUUUUCAUGGAAUCGUCAGUUUUCAUGCCCCUGCCUGUCAUCUUCCUGUGUGCAUCUUCUUCCUCCUCACUGGACCACCGCUCGCCGGUCUCUUACUCUCUUUGCAGCAGCCCCACCUCGUCUACUGUCGCUGAACGCAGGAGCCUCGAGCUCUCCCAGACGCCAUGUGCUCGCUCGGUUUCUCCCCUGCCUCAACGGGCCCUGUGGGAUGGCGGGCAGUUCUCUAACCCAUCAGAGCAUCAGCAACACGAUUGGGAUUUGGGAGCAGCAUUGUCUUCCUCACGCCGCUAUUUCUCGCUUGCCUCAGUUGGCCUCCCCCGCCUAUCCAGGCACAGCGGGUGGACUGAGUGUUCGCUGAUCAGAUGUGGCAUGCGGGUCCUUACUCAGCGGUGAGGCUGGAAGGUCUGAACAGAUUAGAUGUGGAUGGCAUGGAAGUUCCUCUUCACAAUCCAUCUCUGAGGUAAGACUAAACGAGCUUGGGCUUUUGUCAUCUCACCACGACACCACCUGCACCGAUGUUUCUUUUGGUCUAAUUGAUUCAAUCAAUCCUAGCCCCGACGACAGGCAAGAGGCCAAGAUUGGAGUCCGGGGUUCCGCCAAUAAUGCCCCUGAGCUGAGUACCAACAAACGGAGUUUGUUGUGAGGUGGAGGCCUCUUUGUGGAGAAGCGAAAUUCAAUCUUUGCUUGCGCUCCACAGGAGUCUGGUGGCUCCAAUUUAGAGCAGAAAGCUGGACAAACGUUCAAAGUCGAAACAAAGCUGUCUUCGAUGGAGUAAACCCUUCCUUGAGCUCUGUUAAAAGUUUGUUUCUGAAUGAGUUAAGUUGCUGGGAUAGGGCUGGGGCUAAGCAGUUACCUAGCAUUGAUCUUCCUGCUGUUUUAGUAGGGUCUAGGCUGGGUUCCAAUCUGGUCUAGUGUUUUGGCUUGCCCUCUGGGCAUUGUACUUUGGUCCUCUUGGACCUUUUUCCUCUCUUAAAAUAAUGGCGUGCAUUUCUCCUGCCCGUUCAAGAGAAAAAAGUCAAUGUCCAUUCUGAAUUAAAAUCAUGCUCUGGAAUUGGGAGUCUAGUUAUAGCGAAGUGCUCUCAGAUAUCUAAGAGAAAUGAGGACACCUUUGAUGGAAAGUACAGCUUGCAAGAUGUUCUUAAGCCUGGUUUAUGGCUCUCACCGGAGACCUCCGCUGGUUUUGCCGGGCCUAUGGGCUGAUGCCUAAGGAUUGUUUUGACAUUUUGAUUGGUUUUGGACUCAGUGCAGCAGAAGUGAGAAAGAGAAGAUUUCUAUGGAAUUUGUAUAGGUGGGCCUCACUACAGAGCAAGGAGUUCCAACCAGUGUUUACAAGUCGUCCGACUAAUCGCGAUUAGUCGGGCUGGUCGCCUGGAAGAGGGUGAUUAGGUGGAUGACGCGAUUAGGAUUUCAAGUCGUCCUAGUCGUCGACUUGGGCGAUUAGCCAUCCGGUCGAAAGCUUCCUGGUUGUUUUUUGUCGUCGCAAUUUUGGUACUGUGCUUCACUCUAGUUUUUGGCCCAUCUACAGUAGUCCGCCCCUCCAGCAGUAAAUCAGCCGCCAGAAACCCUCCCAGCCGCCAGUAACCCUCCCAGCCACCAGUAAACCCUACUCCUCUCCUCUGUCAUCUCUGGUUUCUGCCGACGUCUCUGCUCCAAGUGCUCCAGCCGUCCAGCGUCUGCCACCGGCGUCCAGUACCCCAGUGCUCCGACGUCUGUCACCUAGUCAAGAAUUGAAGAUGAGCUCAUCAUCUGAAGGUAGCACCUGCUCUCCCUUCUCUGAUUAUCUCCCAGUCUCCCUUCCCUCUAUUACCACUGGUAGCACUAGCACCUGAAGGUGCACCUGCAGACCUCUGUUUGAGCAGUCACCCUGAGUUCAGAUUACCUCUGUUUGAGCAGUCACCCUGCAGUACCUAUAUUACUUUCAGUUUGGACUUUGGAUGGAUUCAGUUUUACACUUUUACUGAAUUACUGCUAGUAUGCUACUAAUUAUGCCUAUAUUAUUGCAGAAAUGCAGUGCUUAUAUAGUUAAUAUAAGUUAUAUACAUAUACAUAUGUCCAUAAAUCUAUAGGACGACUAACGGACGACCAGAGGUCGACCAGGACCGAUUAAUCGACCUAAUCGUCGCCCUAAUCGCGAUUAGGCGCCUGGUCGCUGCUCUAGCUCGACCAGCUGGUCGCCCGACUUGUAAACAUUGGUUCCAACAUCUGCCAACAGGGACGGAUUUGAACCUGGGACUACCUCGGCUGCAGCCCCGGUCGCGGUGCCGGCAACAAGGCGAGUAUGCAGCAGCCAACAGAGAGUCACGUGUCGGUGUAAGCAGGCCAAGACGCCAGACACGCUGUCCUGCAGUGCACGCUAUAGGCUGCACUGCAAGCCAUGGCCCACGAGAUACAAAAGAAAAGGCGUGGCAAGGGCUGGAGGAACGGUGUAGUCUGUAGUGUCAUUUCAAGACUGUGCCUUGCCCUUUUUCUUUUCAAUCGACGUCAUUUAUCUUCCCUCUAGAAUCUAGACUUUACUCUAUAUGAUUGCCUUUCACCAAGAGAUUAGGUUUUAUACUUUGGUUAUUUUGGAUUGGUCAAUUAUUUGCUAGGUUAAUUGAUAAAAUUAUUUUUUAGUUUAUAGGGAUAGAAUGGAUAAAUUUCUCAUCAAGAACCAGAACAAAGAUACUUUUCACACAACUCAUUAGGGGUAUGUUUUGAGUAUUGUACUUUUUAACACAACUCAUUAGUUAUUUUCAUACUUAUUUGGUCUAUAUUAAUUAGAUCAUUUAGUUAUAUCUAAAUAUUUUUAGCCUUAUUUUAGUAGGCUAGUAGCCCCUCCUUGCAUCUCAUCCUGGAUCCGCCACUGUCUGCCAAGGUCAAAUGAGACGAUGGUAUCCAUACUUGCAGAUGCUCAUAUGCUCAGUCCAUUACCACCUCAAUUGCUACUGCGCUCAUUGGUUGAUCAUAUGGCUCCGACUGUUUCAAGUGAAUUAUUCAGUUGGAUUACCCAGGAGUAUACAGAAGCACACAACCUUGAGAAAUCAUUCAGUUGCACUUUAUGAUUAUGCAAGGUGUGAGCAUUUGAUUCCUUCAGUUUCAUGCUAUCAGGUACUUCUUCAUUUUCUGAUCAGAAACAAAAAAGGACGAAUUGAUUUGAAGAGUAUAUGUGGACAUACUUAAAGUUGGAUUUGGUUCUUGCACCAAAGGAGGUAUUAUUUAUUCUGUUGCCAUAUCUUUAAUCAAGAAAGAUAGUUUUCUGCAAGCUCUUGGUAUUCUUCGGCAACUAAAGAGUUUGGAUCUUAAAUUAAGCAAGGGAGCCUUGUCAACUAUAGAAGAAGAAUUUAACAAGGAAAGCAAAUUGGGGAUAUGAUGAAUUUGUUGGAAAGAGUGGAGAUGUUCCCCUGAGUUGCGUCUUCGCAACAAAAUCUUUGUGUCUGUGUGUACAAAUCUUGGCACUGAUCAGGCAUGGUUGUUAUUCCAAAUAUUGGAGGCCUUAGGGUUUGCUCCAGAUGCUUCGACUCUUGAAAUUUUCAUAUUUCAUAGCUGUAGAGAAACGAAACUGAAAUCUGCACAUGUAUAUUUAUCAGAGUGCUUUUCUAGGCAUAUUAAACCUGGAGUUUAUUCUUAUAAUGCUAUUUUAGGUGGCGUUCAGGGAGGGACUGUACAGAAAUGCAAAGUAUGUCUUCGAAGACAUAGUUGAAAGAGAAGUAACACCCAAUCUUUCAACAUAUUAAAUAAUUCUUGCAAGAUAUUGCAGGUAUAGGCAGUUUGAUGAUAUUGAGCAAGUUUUUAAGGAUAUGAAAACUAAUGGUGUAAAUGAUCUUCCCUCUGAAAACUGUGUGCUCUCUAAGGAUUUAUCAUUCUUGUGGCUAGGUCAUCUAGGGGUGGAAACCAAGAGAGAUAAUUAAAUAAUUCUUGCAGGAUAUUGCAGGUACAGGCAGUUUGAUGAUAUUGAGCAAGUUUUUACGUAUAUGAAAACUAAUGGGGUAAAUGAUCUUCCCUCUGAAAACUGUGUGCCCUCUAAGGCCUUAUCAUUCUUGUGGCUAGGUUACCUAGGGGUGGAAACCAAGAGAGAUAAUGCCACUGGUUUCUCAAAAGCUGAGUUUUUUUAUUCAGUUGGCAAUGGACUGUGUUUGGACACUGAGUCCAAAAUGUUUGAGAGUUCACUGGCGCAGGCUUUGGAUAGUGCAGUUCACACAGAUAUUAACUCAGCGCUAGUCAGGGCAUCUCAGCAAGGUAAUGUUUCAAGUGCUCUUCUUGUGAAAGACGAAGCUCAUCAAAUUAGCUACCUGUUCUGAGCUAUUCAAGGCCUUAUUCGUGAUCCCUGCUUAUGUAAUAGAUGCCAUUGACCUUAUGGAGGAGAUGCCAGAUAUGUUGGACCUUUUGACUUAUCAUACUGUAACUAAUUCGUGUGUUCGUGUAGGAACUUGCAAUUUGACUCUAGAGGAAAGCACUAUCAAGAAUCAAGAUGGCUUCCAAGUGAGCCACAGAUUUUUUUUUUAUGUUUUGGUAUGAACUAUUUAUGUAGCCUUAUGUUGUAGUAAUGCAUAAUUUAUGUAACC